CCAUCCUCCACAAACCAUCCUCUCUCUCUCUCUCUCUCUCUCGCUGUCAUUCCGUUUAAUCUUCAUUUUGAAUCGAGAUAUAGAGAUAUCUAUUGGUGACUUGUGAAAUAGAAUUUUGGAACGAGAAAAUGCUCGCAGUGUUCGACAAAUCGAUCGGAAAGAGCCCCGAAGGCCUGCAGAGUUCUGUUACGGAUUCGGUUUCCGCUUUGAAAGAUGGAUUAUUGGCCCAGCACUUCUCAUCUAUCCAUCCGGAUUCCGUCUCCAUUAAUCUCGGUCCUUCUGGUUUCAUGGCCUUUACCUCUGAUAAACAGAACCCUUUACUUCUAAGGUUAUUUGCUGUUGCAGAUGACAUAUUCUGCCUAUUCCAAGGGCACAUUGAGAACAUUACUCUUCUGAAGAAACAAUAUGGGUUGAAUAAGACUGGAAAUGAAGUCACUGUUAUAAUAGAAGCAUACAGAACUCUAAGAGACAGAGGGCCUUAUCCUGCAGACAAGGUCUUGAGAGAUAUUGAUGGGAAGUUUGCUUUUAUCUUGUAUGAUAGCUCUUUGAAAGCCUCUUUCAUCGCUGCUGAUGCUCAUGGGAGUGUGCCCUUCUUCUGGGGAGUUGAUUCUGAAGGCCAUCUUGUUUUUUCAGAUGAUAAGGAGAAAGUGAUGAAAUCUUGUGGAAAAUCUUUUGCACCAUUCCCUAAAGGGUGUUUCUUCACAACCUCUGGAGGCUUGAAGAGUUACGAGCACCCAACAAAUGAGCUGAAGGCAAUGCCUAGGGUUGACAGUUCAGGUCAGGUUUGUGGUGCAAUGUUCAAGGUUGAUAAAGAGACCAGGAGAGCAUCUACCAUGCCAAGAGCUGGGAGUGCUGCUAACUGGUCUGCCCUCUACUGACCUCUCCAAUUCCAUCUCGGCAAGGCUGUCCUACCAUUACUCAUCUUCCAUCAUAUGAUCAUUUUCCUAUUUCUUGAUGCUGGAUUUUUAUGUUGUUAGAAUUUGUUUUGAAGUAUAAGCCGAGGCAUUACUGUAAUUAGAUUGCCUCCUGCAGCUUCCGCUGCACCUGUAAUAGAUAUUCUUGUAUCAUGGUUGUAGGAGUGAAACCUCCUAAUCUAGCCUUUGUU